AUGUCUACUCGUGCUAGCGCUUACGCCAAGGACCGGAGUUACUUCCUCCUCCUUCUACAGGUCCAGAUCGGAGAGCUGCGAUCCAACCCCGAUUCUCGUGCUCAGGUGGUUACUCGGCUUAGAGAACUUUUCCGUAUGGUACCCCGUUGCUUAGAGAAUGCGCAUCUUCUCGGUGACACUCUCUUCUAUGAGAGUUGCUGCACUUUUCAGACGGCCUGCCAUAGCGCGAUCCCCAUUCUUCGUAAAGACGAGGACCCCAUCAGCGCAUAUAUGGCUGCUGAUCAGCUUGAGAGAUCUGUUUCAUGGGAGAAUCCCCAGUAA